CCGGGCCUGCGCGGGCGCGGCCUUGUCGCCUUCGGACCCCGGCCGUCAGGCCCCCCCGGGGUCCAACAGGAUGUACCAAGUCCCACUGCCUCUAGAGCGAGAUGGAAUUCUGGUUCGACUUCGCUUCACUGUUGUGGCUGUGGCUACUGUCUCCUGCCCCCUCUUGGCCUUUCUCUUCUGUGUCGUCUGGUCCCUGUUCUUCAACUUCACUGAGACCACAUCCACCCACUGUGGGGUAGGCCCCCUCAGGAUGCUUCCCACGACCUCUCAGCCCCUGGACUCUGAAGGGAUUGUGUUUCGACUACGCUUCACUUCCGUGGCCUAUUGGGUUAUCACCUUCCCCGUCUUCGGCUUUUUCUUCUGCAUCCUCUGGUCUCUCUUCUUCCACUUUGAGUACACAGUGGCCACUGACUGUGGGGUACCCAAUUACCUGCCAUCGGUGAGUUCAGCUAUUGGUGGGGAAGUGCCCCAGCGGUACGUUUGGCGUUUCUGCAUCGGCCUGCACUCCGCCCCCCGCUUCGUGGUGGCCUUUGCCUACUGGAACCACUACAGGAGCUGCCCUUCACCCUGCCUUGGCUAUGACCAGCUCUGCCUCCUCAACUUAGGCCUCAACCUCGUGGAGAAUGUGGCCCUUCUUCUGCUCACCUAUGUCUCCUCUUCAGAGGACUUCACCAUCCAUGAGAAUGCCUUCAUUGUGUUUAUCGCAGCAGCUCUGGGCCACAUGCUGCUAACCUGUAUCUUGUGGCGUCUGACGAAGAAACACACAGUAAGUUUGGAGGAUCGUAAGUCCUACAGCUGGAAACAACGGCUUUUUAUCGUCAACUUCGUCUCUUUCUUUAUGGCCCUAGCUGUCUACUUUCGGCACAACAUGUACUGCGAGCCAGGAGUGUACACCAUCUUUGCAGCUCUUGAGUACACUGUGGUUCUGAGUAACAUGGCCUUCCACAUGACUGCCUGGUGGGACUUCGGGAACAAAGAGAUGCUUAUCACCUCCUUAACAGAAGAUAAAAGAUUCUGAGCAUCCCUCCCACCACCCCCACAGCCAAAGCCAAGAAGACUGGGCCAGGCCUAGUUGGAGGAGACCCAGCCCAAUUAGAAGGGUGCAGAGGGGACAGAGAAUGCAUUCCCUGCCCUAUCCCACAGAUUCACCCACCUCAGGAACUGAUGGAAAAAAUAUAAAACUUUACCCCCAG